AUGUCCUCUUCUCAAGCACGAAAAGCUCUUCAAGAUGUAAUUCCCAAUUAUUUAGGUGAAUUUACACCCAAGCUACUAGAUUAUAUCAAUUCCUUAUAUCAACUUAGUUUAAGGAAACAAGCAAUACUACCAAAUAAAUCGGAAAUUGCACGUUUUCAUCUAUGUGCUGUUGUUAUUGUUGAAAAAUAUAAACAAUCUUUUGAAUUGCCGACUCCUGAUGUGUCAAGAAUACCAACACAACCUAAAGUAGCAGCAAAGUUACUAGACACUUUUCGUGAGUUGAUAGAACAAAUCUCCGCAGCCAGCACACCUGUAUCAAGUCCCAAAAAGGUGAAACCACCAUCCCAAAGUCCACUGACACCAACAAAGAGUCGAACAAGCAAAGAGAAUUUGAAAUCAGGAUCCCCUUUAAAACGUCUUCGAGCAGAAAUGUUGCAAGAAGACCAGGUCAAUGGUAACUCCCCCGAUGGCCAACUUAAGGAUGUAGACUCUCCCUUUAACCCAAAGAAAAGAAAAGAAUCCAAGGCAGGCACCCCAACACAUAAAGUUUAUAAAUACGAUAAGAAACACGUUCUGAUAGCAGAUUUUAUAGCAUUCUGCAACACUUUCCUUAUACCAGGUGAUAUCACCGCCAAGAUGGUGGGCACAUUUUUAACGCAUCAACACAAGUUUCUUAAAAAAAGUGAUUGGUCAUUGGCCUGUGGUAUGGUUUAUGCGGCAUACAUUCGGAUAAAUAACAGAUUACUUGCACAACUGGUUGGCACCAAGUCAGAGUUCACGAAACAAUUGUUACAAUACCAGAAGGGAGGUUUACUGCUAGGGGCCAUGCAAUCUUGGUGUGGUAUAAUCGAAGAAUGGAUUCAAGAUGAACCAUGGAUUCAAGAGAUAGAAAAGACUUACGCUUAUGGUAGCAAAACAGCUGAAGAAACCAGAAAUUCUUUUGAAAGAAAAGCGAAAAUAGGUGAAGGCUGGGACCUAAUGGAACAGUUUGGGGCUAUGAUUCAUGGCGAGACAAUUUCGUUAUCAAGUCACCAAGAAGAGUAUUACAAAAACUGGCGUAAAGAGGCUUUAGAGAAAUGUGACCAACUAUAA